CCAAAAUAUCAAUCUCACAGAUGCCCUCUACUGUCCAUAAAAACUGCUUCACCCUAUUGCCAUGUACUUUAUACUCUUUCAGGAGUUAGGCUUUCAGGAGUAAAGAAUCAUUACUACUGGGAGAUCCAUGCUGCAACUAAACCAGAAUACUUCGAAGGAGUGUAUGAUGCGUCAAGCUCAAGCAUAAUUUUGUUUUCAGUGUUUGUGAAGUUCACUAGAGAAAAUUAAUAUCUGCAAAUUAAGAAUUUGGCCAUGGGUUUUUGGGAGCAACACGGUCCUCUCAUGGCUAUGUUGGCCUUGCAAUUCACUUAUGCUGGUGUUGCUCUAUCAACAAAAGCUGCUCUUGACCAUGGAUUGAGUACCAGGGUUUUUGUGGUUUACAGGCAAGCCAUUGCUACUCUAGUCAUUGCUCCCAUAGCUUAUUUCCAUGGAAGGGGAAACAGGGUAGCCAUUGGACUGAAGAGCUUCUGUAUGAUGUUUAUAGCUUCACUUUUUGGGGUAACUGCGUUCCAAAAUUUAUAUUUUGAGGGUAUACAUUUGGCAUCUUCUUCUGUCGCAACAGCCAUGAGUAACCUUGUUCCUGCACUUACUUUCGUAGUCGCAGCUUCUCUUGGAUGGGAGAAAGUGGAUAUUAGAAGCAUUAGAAGCAUGGCUAAGGUAAUUGGGACCUUCCUGUGUGUUGGUGGAGCCAUGUCCAUGUCAUUUCUGAGGGGCCCAAAACUAUUGAAUACCAAAAUUUCAACAGAAGGAACAAUUUUACUCUUUGGUAGCAAGAACUGGUUGGCAGGCUGCCUCCUCCUCAUGUGCUGUUGUUUUUGCUGGACAUUUUGGAUGAUUUUUCAGGUGCCCAUGUCAAAGCAAUAUCCUGAUCACCUCUCUUUAUCUGCUUGGAUGUGUUUCUUGGGGACUUUACAAUCAGCUACUCUGGCAUUGUUUUUAGAACCAGACCCAAUAGCCUGGCAUCUAAAUUCCAACAUUGAAUUUUUCAGUGUUUUCUAUACAGGGACAGUAGGAUCUGCUCUGUCCUAUUUUGUUCUAUCUUGGUGCAUUUCCAAGAGAGGGCCACUCUUUACAGCAACAUUCAGUCCAAUGUGCACUGUGAUUGUGGCCUUUUUUGCUUGCUUACUUCUUCAUGAGGAACUUUACACAGGGAGCUUGUUCGGUGCGAUAACUGUUGUGGCUGGCUUGUAUGCUGUCCUGUGGGGUAAAGCAAAAGAUUUAGUAGACACAAAGAGAGAUGGGAAGCAGAUAAAUGAAUCAUCUGAGAGUUGUAAAAUUGAUGUGCAAGAACCCCUUUUAGCCAAAAAAUCUCAUGGUGUUAAUGGGUGAUGAAAAAUAUAUUUUGGGGAAGGAAAGAGAGAUGAAGCAAUGAAUAAGUAAGUGUCGCUGAAAGAAGGCUGCCUCUCUUUCCAUCACCAAUUUCAUGAGUGCUUUUGUGUUACUCUAAAGGGUUAUGAAUUCUGGUUUCUAUAAUAUUUGUAAUUUUCAUUUUGGUUCAGAUUUCUGUCAAGGGAGGUAAUGAAAUGUUCAGAAAUAUCAUUCAUUUUCCUUGGAA